AUGAAGGUGAUCAUCGACACCGACCCGGGGAUAGACGACAGCUGGGCGCUUUUGUUAGCGAUACGGUCCCCCGAAGUUCAGAUCUUAGGCGUGACGACGCUGUACGGCAACGUCACGACGAAGAUGGCGACGAAGAACGCGCUGUAUCUGUUAGAACUCUUCGGACGCCCCGACGUGCCCGUCGUCCAAGGCAGCGAGACGUCGCUGACGGGCGAGCCUCAGAACCACAUCGCGGAUUUCGUCCACGGCGACGACGGGUUCGGGAACACGCGUCGAUCGAACCCGCGCGGGACCGCCGUUCCGGGCAAGACCGCGGCGGAGUUCAUCGUGGAGACGGUAAACGCGCACGAUCCCAGGGAGGUCACGGUCAUCGCGCUCGCGUCCGCGACGAACGUCGCGAUGGCGAUGCGAUUAGACCCGGGGAUGGCGAAGCGCGGGUUACGCGUCGUGCACCUCGGCGGCGCGUUUCGCGUGAACGGGAACGUCAACCCCGCCGCCGAGGCGAACGUGUUUUGCGACCCAGAGGCCGCGGACGAGCUGUACGGCAGCGGCGCGGACGUGACCGUGAUCGGUCUGGACGUCACGGAGAGGCUGUUCUUGACCAGGGCGGACCUGGACGCGAUGCGAACGACGAACGACGAGUCGACGAAUUUCUUGCGCGACAUCUCCGAGUUUUACGUCCAGUUUCACGAGCGCGCCGUGGAGCCGUCAUUCAGCGGGAUGUUCAUGCACGACCCGGCCGCGGUGCUGCUCGCGUUCCGGCCGGAUUUAUUCACGAUCGAGCGAGGCGCGGUCAGGGUCGAGUGCGAGAAGGGCGCGCUGUGUAGGGGGCAGACGGUGUUCGACGAGGGCGUCAAACGGUGGACGUUCGCCAACGCGUGGACCGAGGAGGGUCGCGGACGCGUCGGCGUCGCGGUCGACGUGGACGCGAAGGGCGUCAUGGACGUGUUCAGAGCACGGUACGAGAUUGGCGGCGGGGGGAAGGCGAGGACGCGGAUGGUUGUCGCCGGCGUGUUGGGGGUGGUGCGGAAGGUUGGGUCCGUGCUGCGAGGGAUCGUCCCGCGCGACAUACUCUCGAACUCUAAGCGGGAGAAAUAG